GUUGAAAUUGGCGAGGACAAUUUCACCUUUGAUGAUGAGGACCUCGAGGUAGAAGAUGAGGAUGACUCUUGGUUUGAUGACAUGGUUGCUAAGGAGCUAAAGUCAAACAGCGUGGUGCUUGUGGAGACUCCUGUGGAGACUCCUCUGACUGAUACUGUGAUCGAGGAAGACUCCCAACCUCCUUUUGAUCCCAAAGAGAGCACACCUGAAGGAGCCCGUCCAGUCGCACGCCCUUUGACAGCUGCGGCCACGACUGCCGUGAUUGAGCUGACAGAUUCUCCUGUAAUGAAGUGUGAAGCCAACCAGGUGGCGGAAUCCAGCGCAAGAAGGACUGCAGGGACCAAUGCGUUGGAGAUCCAAAAGCUCAAGGACAAGCUUCAAGAGUUGGAGAAAGUCAUCAGUCGCGUUCA